GGGGUAACUAUUGAGGUAAUACCACAGGAGGGUUUUAGCGAAGACAAUGAAGUGCUGGCUGCAGGUCUUGCCGCAAUCCAAGAUGCUCGUAGAAUACUCACAAGUACUACAGGAACUCGAAUUGGUUCUGACAGUGCCCAGGACGAAGUGAUUAAUGCCCAACUUCAUAGCAUUGACACCAAAGAGAAGGGGGAGGAGGAAGAAGAGGAGCCAGAAUUACCUGUAGUGGAGGAUUACGAAAGGGGGGAGGAGCAGGAUAUAUAG